CUCUGACUGGAAUGGAGCUAGCGAGAAAGUAGCACAGGGUUUUGAAUCGGGUUGAAGUUUUAGCACAAGAUAAACACAACUUGACUGGCAGCUGAACAGAUAGUGGAGUGAAAUGAAACGCGAUGUCCGGAUACUGCUGCUGGGGGAACCCAAAGUGGGGAAGACCUCUCUUAUCAUGUCUCUGGUUGGAGAGGAGUUUCCUGAUCAGGUUCCUCUCAGAGCAGAGGAGAUCACCAUUCCUGCAGACGUCACACCUGAGAAAGUGCCUACACAUAUAGUCGACUAUUCAGAAAGUGAGCAAUCUGAGGAUGUGUUGAGAGAAGAAAUUGUAAAGGCCAAUGUCGUGUGUGUGGUUUAUGAUGUCACACAAGAAGAAACCAUUGACAAGAUCAGGACAAAAUGGAUCCCUCUGGUGAACGGAGGAGCUGAAAAAGGAAGCAAGAUUCCCAUUAUUCUAGUAGGCAACAAGUCUGACCUUCGGUCUGGUAGCUCCAUGGAAACCAUCCUUCCAAUCAUGAACAAGUUUUCUGAGAUUGAGACCUGUGUGGAGUGCUCUGCUAAGAAUCUGAAGAAUAUUUCAGAGCUUUUCUACUACGCUCAAAAAGCCGUUCUACACCCGACUGCUCCACUCUACGACCCUGAAGACAAACAGCUGAAGCCGCAGUGCGUGCGCGCUCUGAGUCGGAUCUUCAGUAUCUCAGAUCAGGAUAACGAUCACAUUCUCAGUGAUGCUGAACUGAACUGCUUUCAGAAAUUAUGUUUUGGGAAUCCACUGGCUCCUCAAGCUUUAGAGGACGUGAAAACAGUUGUGUGGAAGAACACCAGUGAUGGAGUGCAGGACAAUGGACUCACACUCAACGGGUUCCUGUUUUUAAACACACUCUUUAUCCAGAGAGGACGUCAUGAGACUACCUGGACCAUCCUGCGCAAAUUUGGCUACGAUGACACGCUGGAACUGACAGACGACUACCUCUACCCACAAUUGAGAGUACCUGUCGGUUGUACGACAGAGUUGAAUCAUCUGGGUCAACAGUUCCUGCAGAAACUAUUUGAUAAGUAUGAUGAGGAUAAGGACUCGGCUCUCUCUCCCGCAGAGUUGAGAAAUCUGUUUAGAGUUUUACCCUACAUGCCCUGGGGCCCGUCAGUGUACAGUAACGUCCCCAUAACAGAAGAGAACUAUAUAUCUCAACCUGGAUACUUCUGUCAGUGGAUGUUGUCUGCAUAUCUGGAUGUCCACCGGUGUUUGGAGCAUCUGGGUUACCUCGGCUAUCCAAUUCUCAUGGAGCAAGACUCCCAGACCUCUGCCAUCUCAGUAACAAGGGAAAAGCCAUUAGAUCUGGAGAAGAGACAGACCCAGCGAACUGUGUUCCUCUGUAAAGUGAUCGGCCCUCGUGGAACAGGAAAGACCGACUUCCUUCGAGCUUUUCUAGAGCGGAGUGCUGAGAGAAACGAUCGCAACCCUGGUCCCCCUUCAGUAUAUGCCAUCAACAACGUCUCGGUAGCCAAUCAGGAGAAGUAUCUAAUACUGGAGGAGGUUGACGUAGAAACAGAGUUUCUAAAAGCAGCAGAUGCGGCGUGUGAUGUGGCGUGUCUCAUGUAUGAUGUCAGCGAUCCAGACUCAUUCAAUUACUGUGCUAGUAUAUAUAAGCAGCACUACAUGGACAGUGGGAUCCCGUGUGUGGUGGUGGGCUCUAAAGCUGAUCUUAUAGAAGUUAAACAGCAUCACGGGAUGAGCCCGUCUGAGUUUUGUUACAAACAUCGGCUGCCUUCACCUCUCCAUUUCUCCGCACUGCUCACAAACACACACACACACAUCUACAGCAAGCUCACCUGGGCCGCCAUGUACCCGCACCUGAAUGGAUCAGACAUGAGCAGCACGUCUUUCUGGCUGCGUGUGACUCUGGGCGCCACAAUAGCAGCCAUGCUAGGCUUCGCUCUCUACAGAGCCUUUAGCCGACACAAAUAAUGCACACACACACAUACACCCACAAUGCAUUCAGAUAAACACACUCUUACUCAUUGCUGUCUGUCUCGGCCUUACAGAGUCAUUUGAGCUUGAACCGGGGCCUGAACUCCUACUAGUUACAGUGACAAACAUACAGAAGUAAGCAAUUGUUUUUGUUAAAUCGGACUAGAGUAUUCCACAUAGAAACACAUGCACGUAAAUUAAGGAAAGACUUAAGGGCUUGCUUUAUUAUGAAGUUCCUGACCUUACUUCAUAACUACAUGCUUGAUCCCAGGAAACAUUUUUCCAAAUUGAGAGCUUUUCCAAGCUGACUGGUGUUUUGAAUUGUAUUUGAAAUGUGUUAAAAAUGUAAGAGCUCGAGAAAUCAGAAUGGAUCAAGAAUGUAUUUCAUGCAAAUAUGUUCAAACUCAUAUUCUGUUUCUGAACCAUAUAGGACAGAUAUUAAUGUACGACUCUGCGUUGGGGUCAAUUAUUCUGUUUUAACUCAGGUAACACAAUUUACAAUUCAGUUUCAGAAUAUUCCAGGUUAAAUGCAAACUUAAACUGGAAUCGGGCAUUUGUGAGCUGUUGAUCACAUAAAACAAUUUCGAUUUGUAGCUCAGAUUAUAAAAGGAAAGGCACUUUUUGUUUUCUUUUCAAACUGAUGAAUGAGUUGAAAUUAUUUUCUGUGGUAAUUUGACAGUAUGCCACAUAUGCUCAAAAGAACUUCAUUUUAUAAUUGUAAUAUAAACAAUAUGCUUCAUUUAGAACAUCAUCUAAAUGGGCUGAAUUGAAACAGAAUAAUCCUCAGUCCUUAUGCAUUUUCAUUUCCUGCCCUUCAGAUGGACAUUAAUGUGUGUGGACCAUGACUGACUAAUGUUGUUUUUUUUUUUGUUUUUUUUAGCCAAAAUCCAUUGAUGUGUUUCAGAAUAGAUAUACUUGGCCUGUUUGCCUAAAUAGUUUGUAGGGGAGAAUGAUGUCUGAUUUUGUUUUAAUAUUACAGUAGAGAUGGAUGGUGUUAAUAAGUGUAUUGUAAAUUAUAUUUUCAAGGUAAAUGCUCUGAUGCUGAAUAAUGGUCUUGUUCAGAGUUAUCCCAUUGUUACAGUAAACAGAGAAUCAGGGAUCACUAUUUACAUCACUGUAAUUGAUAGAAAGGGAAAUGAGUGGUCAGAAUAAACAGUAUAGAACAGCCUCAAUGAUUGUUAUAUGAAGGAUGGUCCAUACUGGAUUUAUCUAGGAACUCUGUCAGUUUAUCGAUCAUCUCAGAUGAUCAGACACUUGGUUAAACCUUUUUUUUUAAAACUAGUCGGAUCAGCACAAAUCUAAACAUUUUCUCCCGUCUUUUUCAUUCAUUUGAAUCACCCUGAACAUAUUGAGGAAAAAAGUGGAUGCAAGCAUUUCUGUGGCUGUUCUGAUUUAUCAGUUUAAUUAUAAAAAUGUCAAUUAUCUUGUUCAGUGUUAAUACCCAAGCGGAUCACUUCUGUUAAUGUCGGGUGGGCCCAAUUUUAAUGUACUGAAAGCUUGUAUCUCUGUGGCCGUGGUCUUCCAGCCUAAAUAUUAAAUGAGAUGCUUGGAAUGAAGCCGGUGUGUUCUAAUAGAAAUAUUUUGUAAUAAACUAGCUUUUUUUUCUGGUGA